UUCGCCGUGUAAACAGCAAUUAAUAAUUUUUUUAGCGAACCGCAACAACAGCGGCAGUGGCGAUUAAUACGCAAACGAAAAAAAGUGAACCAGUAUUAAAUAAAUAAAUGCCAACAAAUAAAAAGAGUAAAAAACAAUAAAGAAAAUAUUGAAAAUGCAGGCCAUACACGUUUUGUAUGCACUCGGCAUUUUAUGUGCAGCGUUGGCUGUAUCAUUUGGCACCAACAGCGCGACCAGCUGUAGUAGUGGUGCAACAUGUGCCGUCAGCAGCAGCAGCACCACCACCACCACCACAACUGCCAAAAGUGGCAGCAUUAGCUCCACAACUGAAAGCAGUCGCCAUAGUAAAAGUAACCACAACAACAACUUCUUGACGGAAAAGCCCAAAGAGCUGCAGACUUGUCAGCGUAAAUCGACUGAUUUUGAUAAAUGCAUAGUGAAUGCCUAUCAGCAUAUCUUCAGCACCUGGAAAAAUGAAAUAAAUGGUGCUCCACAUUCUGAACCCAUCGAUCCGCUGUUUGUGCGCGAAUUCGAAGUGAUCGAAGAUCGUGAAAAUAUCACACCGAUCUCAGUGAAAAUAAACAACAUCACAGUAACCGGUUUGAGCGAGGCGAAGGUGAAAAGCGUCAACUUCAAAGAAAACGAGUACGACUUUAAAAUGACCUACUCCGUACCGAAAAUUCGCCUAAGUGGACACUAUACAGCUCAAGGACAAGUGUUGCUACUCAAAAUCGACACGGAUGGGGAAAUGUUCAUGGAAAUAAUUGAUGGCCUCUACACCGUUUCGACCAAAGUUAAAUUAUACGCUUUGGAAAAUCGCAAAUUUUUCGAUCUGAAAGCAUUGCAAUUCAAUGUGGACUCCAUAAAGGAUUUGCAUUUGCACUUCGCCAAUUUGUUCAAGGACAAAGUGUUGAACGACAAUACAAACGCUGUGUUCAACGGCAGCUGGCGUGUAUUUUUCGACAUUUUCAAACCGAAAAUCGAGGCGGAAAUCAAUAAAGUGCUAUUGGCGCACUUCCGCAGCGUGUUUAACCAGGUGCCGGCCGAAUUUUUCAUUGCAGAUGCAGCAACAGAGGCAGCAGCAGCAAAGUCGGCAGAAAGCAGCAAACCGACAGAGCCGCACAGUGCGCACAGCAGCAACGUUCACAAUAGCAACAGCAACAGCAACAAAGACAUUACUCACGACGAAGUGCAGCACGCCGCUCAUGUCAGUGCGAAAGCGCCCGCCAAGGAGAAUAAAGCGCAUUAAACUUUGCGAGUAAUGAGCGCCAAAGUGGUAGCUAAGCGUUUAUUGAAAUUUUAUAGACGUGCUUAAAUAAAUUUGUUUAUAAACUCAAA